GUAUGGGGGGAGGGGGAGUAGUUUGGUGACUGGGGUGUGACUGCUGUGAAUGUGAGAAAGAGAGAAGUGCAAGUCUGUGCGGUCCCUUUCAUAAACGAGAAGCUGUCUGUCUGUCAAGAUGUCCAGAGAUCCCGUGUAUGCCGUUGUAAACUACCACACAAAAGACACACCAGGUCAAUUGACCUCAGCGGAAGCAGAAACAACCGCUGAUGAUGCCACAUACUCAAACAUCCACAUGCCCGUAUCAGGGAGACCCGGACAACAUGAGGGAGACAAGGCUGCAGGGAGGCACUGUGUUAUCUACUCAAAAGUCAGUCUUCCCAAUCAAGAUGACGCUCGGCCCACUUCUGCACGUGACCCCGAUGACCCCGCUGCUCGGCCCACUUCUGCACGUGACCCCGAUGACCCCGCCCCCAUAACAGCGUCAGCGGAGAGGUUCCAGUGGAGAGUCUUUCUGAAACCCACAGUCUGGCUUCUCUUUCUCUCUGCUCUUCUGCUGCUUGUGCUCUUCACACUGGGUGUGCUCUAUGCCUCAAGUGCACGCUCACAUACGGAGAGACAGCAUGCUCUUCAGAAGAACAACACUGAGGUACACACACGGCUGUGGCAUCAACUCAACCGUAGUUCUGAAGAGAAGACACAGCUGUGGCUUCAACUCAACAGUAGUUCUGAAGAGAUGACACAGCUGAGGAAUCACCUCAACAAGACUCAGAUGAACUUGACACAGUUACAGAGGAGCUACACGGCUCUCUCCGAGGAAAAGACAGACAUCCAGACUAAACUUGAGGAUUUAAAGAUUGAAGCAGAGAAGAAGUCUGCAGAUGGCUGGGAGUAUUUCAGUGGAAAGUGGUAUUACUUUUCCACUUACAAGAAGACCUGGACUGCGAGUAAAGAUGCCUGUGUGACUAAGGGAGGAGACCUGGUCAUCAUAGAGAGUGAGAAGGAACAGCAAUACAUACAUCGCCACUCAGGGGAGUACUGGAUAGGACUAAAACACUCCUAUGGAAAAUGGUACUGGGUGGACAACACACCACUCACAGGCCCCGGAUAUUGGAGCUAUGGCGAGCCUAAAUAUGAUGGAUGUGUGCGGACAGAAUACACAAGAACUCAGAACACUUGGAAAUAUAGCUGGUGUAAUGAUUAUUUACAAAGUGUUUGCGAAUGUAAAGCUGUAGUUUGACUAUAACCAUACAGGCCUGUGAAGCUGAAAGAGUAAUGGCCUCUGUGAAUGAACAAAAAAACAUGUUUAGAGAGAGAAGUUGUAUUCUCCUCUGAAAUUCUCUUCUUGCCCAAAUGGCCAGUUAACCAGUUAACCAACAUUUUGUCUGUACAUUUACCUCUUUUUUAUAUUCAUUUUCUCAUUCUAAACCCUGUUUUUGUCAACAUAUUUUCCCUCCACUAAAAUCUGCAUUAAAUAGCAGUUUUUAGAAGUCAAAAUGCUUUGGUGCCUUUGUAUUAAGCAUCCUUGUUAUGCGGUGUAAGUGUAGUGUGUAAAUGUUCAUCUGUUUCCUUAAGUGUUGCUUUAAUACCCUCUGUUCUUUUAUGUCAUGCACAACCAGGAUACAUAUUUAUAGAAAAUGAAUCGGACGAUCUACAAAUGCUCAGAUUAUAAACAAACUAUCUGCUGAAACUCUGUUACCUAUAAUUGAUGGCUGAGGUUAGGGUUAGGGGUUGGCAUUGGUUAAGGUGAUGUUCAGUGAACAAAUAGAAAGGCAGACCUCUGUAGGCGGAAGUCAAGUGUUACCCAAAUAAUAUUACAUUACAUGUGUAUGUUCCAAAUGUAUACUUUUUCUAUAUAAUUGUAUAUGUAAUAAAUUCAGAUAUUUCGUG